GACCGACCGAGGGUGCGGGGCAUCGAGGGCGGACAUGGGCGGGGAGGCCGGCGUGACGGACGCGGGCCCUGGCGACGGGUGGCAGUGGACAGUGACGGGUCACGACGUUAUAUCAAAGACGGUUGGAGGGCAGGGGCGGGUGGGCCAACGCUGCGUGCAUUCCUCUCCGUCUCCUCUUCCUCCCUUCUUCAGUCUCUUUCUCCUUGGUCGAGCUGCGCUCGCUGGACCACCGGCCUUUCCACUCUCUCUGCCUGCUUAGUCCGUGCAUCUCGUUCUCCGCUUCCUUCAGAACAGAGCAGCGCUCCUCCAUCCCCGUUCACCUUCCCCUUCCCUGUCUGGUCUUGGUCCAUCUCGCAGCAACUGCACCCUUCAGCCACCCGCCAGCCAACUCUUCACACCCCCCACACGCACUCUCGCAAUGGGUAACUUGGUCUGGCACGAAUACGCGCGCUACGUCGCCCUCUCCGCCACGGCUUACACGAUUUGGAGCGCCUUCUGGGGGUUCUACUACCGGAAGUUCUUCUUUGACUUUGUGAACGGCAUCAUCCGCUCCCCCGGCGGUGUGCAACCGGCCGCGAGCGACUCGAUCUUUGUCUCUAUCAUCGUCAAGGCACCCGUCAUUCAGAUCCUGAGCAUGCUGGUCGGCUUCGUCUACCUUAUGCUGGACUAUCCCGCGCCGUUCUUGAAGAAUACGGCGAUACACCGGAGCUUCCCCAUCCGGAUAGUCGUCCUGUUGCUGCAGACCUUCUUCGCGAUCCUGUACUACCAGGGAACGAACGGGGCGCUAUACUCCUUCAUAGCUGCGUGCUGCUACAUACGAGCGCAAAUGCUUGGGGAGAUUAUGCCGGAAGCGAAGGACAAUAAGGGGCGGGGCGGAAGAGCCUGAGCUUUCGCUCCUGGUUACGGUACGGGGAGAACAUGCAGACUGCCGGCGGAUGGACUGGUCCAUCCUGUCGUUCCCCUUCCCCUCCCCUCCCCUCCGCCGCCUCCGUUCCCCCAUCCCCCUCCUCCCGCACCCCUUCCAACUUUCUACCGUCUUUCUUGUUGUCAUUCAUUGCUUUCCAAACUCGCACGCACAGCGAACAUACAAACAACGUAUAACUGCCCGUACCUCCGCGCGAGUGCUCCGCGGAUCCCGAACACUCGCCUGCUGCCGCCGGACCUGCUUUCCCCGUUCCUAGUUUGUUGUACCAGCAAUGAAAUGCGCGACGCUUUUCUGUACUAGCGUAUAAUGACGGUCUAAUACGCAGCGUUGAUGAGCGCCCCC